AUGUUUCUCCUAAGAGGUCCGCGCGCCGCCGAAUCAUCUGUCUUGAUUGAUCAAAGCAUUCCAUCGACCUCUGAUAAGCCAGCAAUGAAGGGAGCGAUUUUGCUAUUUCCGAAAGCUUGUCUUACGAAGUCUCAAAUUCACAUCGACUACGAGCUACGUCCCCUUAAGCUCCAACAAUCCGAAAUCGAAGCUCAAGUACGGACUUGGAAAGCCUCUUCUAAUAGCACCCUUUUUGAUCAGCUACACACUCUUUCGCCGGAAGAACAAUCAGUCCUACAUGAUGCGACUAAAAGGGACGAUUAUCUAACAUAUGUUGAAUGGGUUCAUUUCAGUGACUUCAAUCCACUUAUCAGGGGUAUGGAAAGCACUAGAGCGCGGACUAUCACUCUGAUCCUACAUUUAGAACCAUUACUUCUCCCACUAUUGGAUAGCGAGAGCAUUGACCUUCCUUUAGGAAGAACACUGUAUCGCCGAACUACUAAAUUUCAGUUUGGGCCUGAGUCUGAGCCUGAGCCUGAGCCUGAACCCACACUUCCCUUUGGUGAAGAAUUUGAAGAGAGCUCAAGACGAGUCGAAUAUUUGGCCGCAACCGAUGAGAAAUGGGGUGGAAUGGCCAGUGAUAUGGGCGAUGAUGAAGUCGACCGUGUCAUUGGUGAUUUGUUGGCUAAGUAUACUACCCUUAAUGGGAUGUGA